AUUGCGGACGGAAUUACCACGUGACCUUGACGUCGUCAAGCCCGCGCCGACCGGCAUCAGUCCGUGGGCUUCCGCGGAAUCCUGGUGGUGGCUUAGCUGUUUUACGUCCCGGUUUUGUGCCGUUGGCGGUCUUCUCUCCAGACUCCCUGGGCCUUGCCUCCGACUUCACCAUGUACCACAACAGUAGCCAGAAGCGGCACUGGACUUUUGCUAGUGAGGAGCAGCUGGCGCGAUUGCGGGCCGACGCCAACCGCAAAUUCAAAUGCAAAGCUGUGGCGAACGGGAAGGUUCUUCCAAAUGACCCAGUCUUUCUUGAGCCUUCUGAAGAAAUGACGCUGUGCAAGUAUUAUGAGAAAAGAUUAUUGGAAUUCUGUUCGGUGUUUAAGCCAGCAAUGCCAAGGUCUGUUGUGGGUACAGCUUGUAUGUAUUUCAAGCGCUUUUAUCUUAAUAACUCAGUAAUGGAAUAUCACCCCCGGAUAAUAAUGCUCACUUGUGCAUUUUUGGCCUGCAAAGUGGAUGAAUUCAAUGUGUCUAGUCCACAGUUUGUUGGAAAUCUGCGGGAGAGUCCUCUUGGACAAGAGAAGGCACUCGAACAGAUUUUGGAAUAUGAACUACUUCUUAUACAGCAACUUAAUUUCCACCUUAUUGUCCACAAUCCUUAUAGACCCUUUGAGGGCUUUCUCAUUGAUUUAAAGACUCGCUAUCCCAUGUUGGAGAAUCCAGAGAUCUUGAGGAAAACAGCUGAUGACUUUCUUAAUAGAGUUGCACUGACGGAUGCUCACCUUUUAUACACACCUUCCCAGAUUGCUCUGACUGCCAUUUUAUCUAGUGCAUCCAGAGCAGGAAUUACUAUGGAAAGUUAUUUAUCAGAAAGUCUGAUGCUAAAAGAGAACAGAACUUGCUUGUCACAGUUACUAGAUAUAAUGAAAAGCAUGAGGAACUUGGUAAAAAAAUAUGAACCACCCAGACCUGAAGAAGUCGCUGUUCUGAAACAGAAGUUGGAGAGAUGUCACUCUGCUGAGCUUGCACUUAACAUAAUUACAGCACAGGCUCCAGAUGCGCAGGCUCAGUAGUUGUGGCUCACGGGCCUAGUUGCUCCGCGGCAUGUGGGAUCUUCCCGGACCAGGGCUCGAACCCAUGUCCCCUGCAUUGGCAGGCAGAUUCUCAACCACUGCGCCACCAGGGAAGCCCCAACGAGACUGUUAAUUCAAGAAUAGAUAUAAUUGUUACUGUCUCCACCUAGUCCUUAAAUUACUUAAUUGGUAAAUGUUUGCUCAUGUGGGGAAAACUGACUUACCCAUUAAAUCAGAUUUUUUUUAUUGACUGGAGAUUUCUAACAGGAUUAAACAUGAAAUAAUAAAUUACGAAUUUGGCUUUCAUAGUACAUUCUGCUCCUGCUUUGACUAAUGUGUUCUUUGGCUUGUGGGCCCUGUCCCGUUCUGUUACUUCUUGUGGGGUCCCGUGGGCAGAGUCUUCCUAGGGAAUUCCUGCACCUCUUCUUGCCCUUUUAAUCUUUCAGUUCUUUGUAGGUCUGGUAUCUCCUCUGAAGAACAAGUAUACUGUUCCACACUUAUUUCUGUUAGCUAGGGUGGGGAAACUUGGCAUAUUUUCUCUCAGUGGUAACUUUGUAUUGAAGACAGAACCAGUAGGAAAAUGUGCUGUUCGAUCUCUUCCUGCAGCCAUAAGAAACACUGUUAAUGUGUCUUAUUGAUUUGUAGGCUGAAUGUGGAAAUCACCAUUUUCAAGUUCUUAAUGCUUUGCAGUUUGAAGGAUCUACUUAACCCUUUUAGACAUUUAAAACAAUUGAGGAUCUGGGCAGGUAUAGGAAUGGUAAAACUAUUAUUUUCUAUUCUGUGGAAUGCAUUCUGUAAAAUUUACUGGGGGUUAGCUCUGGCAUCUGAACAGUAAGAUGCAUUUGAGAUGUUUUUGAUCUCUAAUCGGGGAUUGUAUCCUAUUGGAUAAUAUAUGAGAAGCCAGAACAGCAUUCCAGGGUCUUCAAAUCAGGUACACAUGACUCAAAUUCUUUAACUAUAAAGUUGUAGUAGGAGGAUAUCCAAGGACUUAUCAAGUGUGCAACAUAUGGGACUAUAUUAUAUUUGUAGCUGUAACUGUAAAACAUGGCUUAGCAUAGAACUUAAAAUUGGUAAAUUUCAUUCCUGGGUUUCAGUGGUAACUAAGAGGAAGGAAGGAGUGAUGGCAGAGAGGUAAAGAAAAAUGUUGACUUUAAUGAAUGAAAGUAUUAAAGCACUGAUUUAUAAUCUUUUCACAUUGAUUUUGAAAUGGGCUUAGACCAGGCAUUGGCAAACUAUGGCCCAUGGGCCAAAUCUGGGCCACUGCUUGUUCAUAGAAGUAGUUUUAUUGAAACAGAGGUACACCCAGUAGUUUGCAUUAUUGUCUACUGCUGUUUUCACACUAUAGCAGAAGAGUUGGGUAGUUGUCACAGAAACUGCAUAGCCUACAAGGCCUAAAAUAUUUACUCUCUGACCUUUUCAAAGAAAAUUUUGUCAACCUCUGAAUUAGACCAUUGAACUAUUAAUCCUACCCUUCCACCUAGGUAAUGGACCAUAAUCCAAAAUUCCUAAUUGCCAGAAUUUACAUCUUACUCCAGGUGACCAUUUGCUUUGCACUGUGUCAAGCAGAUCUUGCAUAUCUAUGAGUACUUGAGGGGUGCUUCUCAAACUGUCUGUAAAGGACUGUUGGUUUUCUUUUUAACCCAUUACAGACCUAUACUUUUGUAAAAUAUAACCAAUUACUUAGAAAAACAAAAUAAAAAGACAUAAAAAAUAAGCUUAAAUUUUAUUAGAAUCAACAGUCAUAAAUAAAUCUAUCAAAUUGCUAUAAAAGUUUCUAAACAUACACUUAAUUUCUGUACUUAUCUCAUUGCACACUGGAAAUGGUUCAGGGACCAGCAGCAUUGGUCCAUGGACCCACUUGUAAGUACUACUUUAGGGUAAAAUAUCUUUCCUUGGUCUUCAAAAUUCUUUUAUCUUUUUCAAUACACAAUAAUAUAUUGUCAUUAUUAAAGCCAGUUAAUACAGGUAAACCAAAGUUCUCCUUGACCAAAACCUAAAUUCCAGUUUCAACUGAGAGGUAACUUAUAGUUGGUGUCUUACCUUUGCCAAGCUUUUCUCUGUGUAUGUGUAUAUAAAAUAAGUAUAUGAAAUUAAAUAACAAUAAAUAAUUGUUUUCAUAUAAAUCGUAUAACAUUUAAUAGUAUCAAUCUUUAACUUUUGCCAG